AUGGGCAGUAACCUGAUCGCGCCAGGGCUAUCCUGUUCCUUCGGAAUAACCUUGACAGCAUUUGAAGCCAGCGCCACGCAUUGUGACACACUCAAAGUGAUCUACGAAUCGGGAGAGGAGCCAUUGAGUGUGCAGCUUAUUGCCAAACGGGAAACACCCCAGAUUCUGUUUCCGCAACACGCUGAGGUGGGUGCCUGCCUGGUGGGGUCUACGAAAACCCUCUCCUUGAGAUUCCAGAUCAGCACCUCCUCUGCGCGCAUUUGCGUUCGCUCCGAAACCGAUGGCGCAUUCAAAAUUUCGCCUGACAGAUUUGAUCUUUCCUCUGGUGAUUAUGCCGAUCUUCAAGUUUCCUUCAGUCCUCGUGCAUGCGGAGAGGUCACCGAAGCAUUCAAAGUUUAUGCAGGUGAUGUGAAUCUUGGUGAGAUCGGAUGCCACGAUCCUGCAUUUGAUUGGUCAAUCGCGAAUAGUCGUCUUCGCGCCAAGAGCCAAGUUCCAAUUUCCCUGAGUUUUUGCGCCAAUAGUCUUACUAAUCCAUCGGCUGUCUGCCCAAUUGCAUUUUGCUGGGAGCUAUCGCGAAUGAAGAAGGCAUUUCUUAACAGCGUUGUGUCCAAUGAGCAGGCAGAGAUUGUCCGGGGUUCUGUCGACUUGGAAAGUGGACUGCUUCAGCCUCUAGAAACGCAAAUAAUCAAGCUCUCUCUAACCCCUUUGCGCGUUGGCUCAAUCGAGUGCCUCCUUCCAUGCAGACUGAAUGAUCAACCAGACGGUCUAACCUGGCUACAGGUUUUGUUUGUUGUUGUUUCUCCAAAUAUUGAACUUGAAACGGACAGCAUUGACUUCGGAAAAUUGCGGCCAGGUCAGUGUGCUACAAGGACGACGUACCUGGCCAAUCCCGCCUCACUUUCACUGUCAUGGGCUGUAAAGCACCCUCAAAUGGUUGGUUAUUUCUUUCUUUUCUAUCGUGUCUACUUCUACCAUUAA